AUGAAACAAUUAAAAGCGUACGUAAUUGAAGAUUUUGCUGAUUUAUUGGAAGUCAAAAUUAUGAAACGUUAUUCUACUGCUGAUAAGACAGCUGAUUAUGCGAUUAGAGAUUUUUUUCUGUAUGCUUAUUAUGCGUACACUGUGGAUGCUGGUAAUUAUCAAUAUUAUAUGGACAAUGACGUUGGUAACAGGCUAUCAGGUGGCGAUAAACGCUCCUUUAAAACAAGUAAUGCCUUGUUAAAAUCUAAACGUUUAGAUUUUCUAGACAAUAGUGAAUUCUACUGUGAAUUUUUUAAGGGACACAUAUGUCCAUUUCCACAAAGAGAAUUUCAAGAAAAGCAGACCUUAGAAAAACUCAAAAAAUACUUCUCAGACGAUACAUUAAAAUAA